AUGAAGUUUCCCUCAAGCUUCAGGUUUGGCGCAGCGUCGUCUGCCAUUCAGAUCGAAGGUGGCUGGAAUGCUGAUGGUAAAGGCGAAAGUACAUGGGACAGAGUGAUACAUAAUGAACGCAGAAUCGUCAAGAAUAAUGCAACAGCUGACGUUGCUGCUUACUCUUACCACCAGUGGCGGGAAGACGUGAGAAUUGCAGCGGAGUUAGGUCUGCAGUUUUACAGGUUUUCAAUAAGUUGGCCACGCAUACUACCAACAGGUUUCACCGAUAAACUGAAUCAUGCUGGAGUACAAUACUACAGCGAUCUGAUCGAUGCGCUUUUAGCUGAAGGAAUAGAGCCUAUAGUGACUAUGUACCAUUGGGAUCUGCCGGUGAAGAUUCAGGAUCUUGGUGGUUGGACAAACCCAUUAAUUGUCAAUUGGUUUGGAGACUAUGCCAGAACACUGUACUCUCACUACGCUGGCAGAGUAAAGACCUGGAUAACUUUGAAUGAAGCGAUAUCUUUUUGUGAUCUUGCAUACAUUGUUGGAGCAUUUGCGCCUAGGAUCAAGGAACCAGUUUUCGCACCGUAUUUGUGCAAUAAGCACGUGCUUCUGGCUCACGCCACGGCUUACAGGAUUUAUGAAAAAGAAUUUAAACCGAAGUACAAUGCGCGAUUCACAAUUGCAAAUUACGAGAUAUGGAUAGAACCAAAGACUCCCGAAGAUACGGAGUUAGCGGAACUAGGACGUGAAUUUUCCUCAGGAAGAUAUGCGCACGCAAUACUGUCAAAAGAAGGAGGCUGGCCACCAGCAGUUGAGAAGCUAAUGCUGGAGUACAGUUUGAAACAGGGUUUCAACGUGUCAAGAUUACCUUCCUUCACGAAAGAGGAGAAAGAGUUUAUAAAAGGUACCGCUGAUUUUUACGGUAUCAAUCAUUACACCACGAACGUAAUAAGACCAGCGAAGCCAGGAGAAGAUCCUGGUGUAUGGGUGGUAACUGGGUCACCGGAAUUAAACGCUGUUCUGGAACUACCACCGAAUACCAAAGCCAGCCCAGGACCUUUUCCACUGUUGGUGGUAAGUGCAUAUUUUAUUUUUACAAGACAUUAUUUCCAGGUAUACCCUGAAGGAAUACGUCGCCUGCUCUCGUGGAUAAAACAAAAGUACGGUGAUAUAGAUAUAAUGAUUGUAGAAAAUGGCCUUACGUCGAAGAAAUCCGGGCCUUACGAUAAUGACAGAGUUGACUUCAUAAAGAGAUAUUUGGAACAGGUGCUGCUUUCAAUCAAAGUAGACAACGUCAGUGUUGUAGGGUACACUGUGUGGUCGCUUACUGACAACUUCGAGUGGUUGGAUGGCUAUACGACAAAAUUUGGAUUAUACGAAGUUGACUUUGAAGAUCCAAAGCGGAUACGGACCCCGCGCACAUCCGCUUAUUACUACGCAUGCGCGAUCAAACACAGAACUUUUGACGUGCCCGACGAAUGCUUUGACCCUGAAUAUGUAAGACAUCACUUCAAAAUCAGGGAUAAACAAAAUGGCGGCGUUGCGUUACAAAAUGGCAGACUAUUUUUAUAUUCUUUGUUAUUAAUUAGUAUUAUUAUAAGUUAUUAAAUGUUUUAUUUUUUUG